AUGUCUUUCCCCAACAACAGCCCUCUGACCGGCUUCCUCCAGCUGGCUCCGACUACCUCCAACUCGUACCCUCAAGUCCAGAGGUCACAGCAGCCCAAGACUGAGGCCGAGCCUGCCGCCGCCGCCGCAGUUCCCUCGCCGGCGGAGUCCAACGCCACAUCCAGCCCUCAACCUGUCCAGCGCCGUAGCUCAAGCCUGAGCAGCAGCAGCAGCAAUGACGGCAUGCGCUUCCUCAAGCUCGGUCCCGUCCACUGGGGCGAGCACAUGGAGGACGACCAGGGUGACUUUGCUGUCGAGUAA